GGCUGCCUCGGUGUUGGCGGCGUAAGCGACCCUCGAACCAAAACAACAAGGAGUGAGGUAAUGAGUAGUGGACCAUCAUGGGCAGGAGGGCCAGCAUGCCCACAGUGGCCAUAUGUAGGACCGGGUAAUGGUCCGCCACCACAAUGGGGUGCUUCUGCAGGUGGAAUGCAUCAGUACCCUCACAACCAGCCACCGCCUGUGAAUGCUCCACCACAAAACUGGGCAAAUGCUCAUGGACCUCCUCCUAUGUAUGGAGCACCAAAUCAAGGCAUGCCUGAAGCUGCUCCCCCUGAUCACUAUGCUGUAGCUCCUCAGACCUCCAUGCCAAACCAGUAUAAUGUUCCUCAGCACAGUGUACCCCAAGGCCCUCCCUCAGGCACCCCCUCAGGCCUGCCAUCUAAUGGGCAUUUUGGUCCCCCUCCAGUGAGGUCAUGUCCUGGACCUGUUGGCAUUCCUCAGUGCCCCUCAGUUGGCACAUCUGGACCCCUCUCACUUACGCAGUUUCCGCCUCCAGGGCCUUCACCUGGCCCACCUCCUGGCCCAGGCUAUGUUGGAACCCCCAUGUAUGGGUGGGGAGUGUCUCCUCCUCCUUCUUCACAAAUGGUGCAGACUGGCCAGCCUCCUCCUGGCUCUGCUUGGGGUGGUGUCAGCCCAGGGGAUAUACAUCACCAGACGUGGCAGGGAUCUGAUUGGGAUUCAGAGAGACCUCAUAGACCUCACACUGAAGACCUUACAACAAGGUCUGGUAUUGAUCGAAGUGGCGUACCAUCAAGAAACAGCUACAGGGGGAAUAGCAGAGGUAGAGACCAUGACUCUUCUAUCCAUGGGCAAGAGAGGUCUUCUCAGGUUUCUUCAAGGUCAGGGUAUGAAGAUGAUCUUUGUAGCAUAGACUCAAGAUACAAGGAGAAUAGAAGCUACUCUGAUGCUUACUCUAGCAACGGAUGGCGUGAUAGACACGGCAGGAGGAGGAAAAGGUCAAGAAGUCCUUCUGACUACUCAUCUAGAAGAGUAGAGUCAAGAAACCGCACAGAGCCUCGAAGGUGUUCAAGGGAUUCUCGCGAAAGAUCUCGGUAUGACAAUGAUCGUAAAGAACGGUAUUCAAGGAGUCCUGGAUCUCAUUCUCGUUCAAGUUCUCGACCUUUGUCCCCAGAAAGGAAGAGAUCACGUCCCUCCUGGAGCCCUGACAGGCACAAGUCACGAAGCCCCGUCAAAGAGGUGGGUAAAAGAAAAAAAAGGAGUGCAGUGGACCUCCCCCCCGAAGAGAAGGAGGAGUGCGAAUCCCUGCCAACUAUACAAGAAGAGGAGAAGUCUAAGCCUGCGUCAAAGGAGGAGGAACUAGAGGAAGAAGAGGAUGUGAAGGCUGCAUGGGUGCGCUCAGCUCCUGCCGAUCUUUAUUACCAGCGUGAUGAGAAGAAUCCAUUAGUGAUGCGUGCAACGAAGAAGCUAAUGUCGCUUUGUGAAGUAGUUGAAGAAAAAUUGAUAAUGAGAGGUACUAGAAUACGAGAAGAAAAGAGGAAGGCAAGGGAAAAGAAGGAACAGCAAGAGCAGCAUCAGGCAAUAGCAUGCAGAAAUGGGUGUUUGAGCCUUAAAAAGGACAAAACCAAGGAACAAGAUGGAGAGACCAGAGAAUCAUCAGCAGAGAAUAAUGUACCAGAAAACAGCACCGGCACAAAGGGCAAGGAGUCGGGGGAGGAAUGCAAUGGCAUCACCACAAAGGAAGCUCAGGAGGAUGUGGAGACAGCCAAUAAUUCCGAUAUUGCUUCUUUAGAGGUGGAGAUAGUGAAGAACCCCUCUUCAGAAGGCAUUCUUUGUGAAAGUGUAGGAGUAAAGUGUAAGCACAAACACAAGCACAAACACAGGCAUAUAAACAAGGAAAACAAUGACAAAGAUUCAGAAAAGGGCGACAGUAGCAGCAACAGCAGCAGUGAUAGUGAUAGUGACAAUAGCAGUAGUAGUGACGAUGAUGAUGAUGACAGUGAGAUGGACAGAAUUGCCAAGGAGCUGGAAAAGAAACGAAACCAUCCUGAUCGGUUGCAUCCAGAGCUGUGGUUCAAUGAUCCAGGAGAAAUGAAUGAUGGACCUCUUUGCCGAUGCUCCUUGAAGGCCCAACGCUCUGGCAUCCGUCAUGGGUAUUAUGUUGGAGAAGAUAGCUUAAAGCCAUGUGACCCCUGGACAAAUAAUGCUGAUCAUCUUCACCAUUAUCUCAUCACAAUAUCUCCACCCACUAAUUUCUUGAUCAAGACUCCUACUGUGAUUAUGCAUGAUAGCCAUGAGUUUAUAUUUGAGGGUUUCUCAUUGCUCUCACACAACCCUCUUGAAGAAGUUCCCACAUGCAAGGUCAUUCGUUUCAAUAUUGAGUACACCAUCCUCUACCUACAGGAAAAGAUCCCUGAUAAUUUUUGUGUCCGAGAGUUGGACAUAUUCUAUAAGUAUCUCUUUACCGAACUGUUGGAACUUGUAGACUUGAACCUCCAUGCCAUGGGGGAUCCGGAUGGCUGUCCACGAUUCCAUUUUAUGCCGAGAUUUGUCAGGAAGUUGGCAGAUAAUGGCAAGGAGAUUCUUUCAAUGAAUGAAGUGUUAACAUACUUGCUUAAGAAUAGUGGGCCACUUGUACAACCAGAGGACUUAGCACAACUUUUGAGUAUGUCCCAGUAUCAGUGGCAGAAUUAUGCUGACCAGCUGAAAGGAAUGGUCGUCACUUGUCCCGGCAUGAAGCCCUGCAGCAUCCGAGUCGACCAGCUAGACAGAGACCAGGUUAGCGAAGAGACCAUCAAUUACCCCGUCAUUGUGCAUUUUGGGAUCCGGCCGCCGCAGCUUUCCUAUGCCGGGAAUCCUGAGUACCAGAAGGCGUGGAGGGAAUACGUAAAAUUUCGGCACUUGCUAGCCAACAUGCCUAAGCCAUCAUUUGAGGACAAGAGGAGGUUGGAGGCAAAAGAGAACCGCUUGCAGGAGAUGCGGAUGACCUCUAAGAUGAAGCGAGAUGUGACUGUUGCUGUCUCUGCGCAGGGAUUCUACCGCUCUGGGAUUAUGUGUGAUGUUGUCCAGCAUGCCAUGUUGCUCCCUGUGUUGGUAUGUCACCUGCGCUUCCACUGUUCACUAGAGGUCCUAGAAGAGAGAAUCCUGUACAAAUUCCGCACGAGGUUUCUUCUGCAGUUGGCUCUUACCCACCCCUCCUACAGAGAAAACUUUGGCACAAAUCCUGAUCACGCCCGGAACUCGCUCACAAAUUGUGGAAUACGGCAGCCUGAAUAUGGGGAUAGAAGAAUCCAUUAUAUGAAUACCCGCAAAAGGGGCAUAAACACACUGAUAAACAUCAUGUCUCGUUUUGGACGCAACCUUGAGACGGAGAGCAAAAUCACACAUAAUGAACGUCUGGAGUUUCUUGGUGAUGCUGUGGUAGAAUUUCUUACCUCCAUUCACUUGUUCCACCUCUUCCCCAGUCUAGAGGAAGGUGGCUUGGCAACUUACAGGGCAGCUAUUGUCCAGAACCAACAUCUAGCAGUGUUAGCAGAGAAGCUUGGACUGGACCAGUUCAUGCUGUAUGCUCAUGGCUCUGAUCUGUGUCAUGAUUUCGAGCUGCGUCAUGCAAUGGCCAACUGCUUUGAAGCUCUCAUGGGAGCCAUUUUUCUUGAUACUGGAAUAGAGGAAGCAGACAGUGUUCUAAGUUCGACCCUGUUUAAAGGUGAGGAUUUGUUGCACAACAUCUGGGUCAACUAUCCCCCUCACCCAAUACAAAUGCAAGAGCCGCAGGGGGACCGAAAGUGGAUCAAAUCCUUCCCAAUCCUUACUAAUUUAUCCAAGUUUGAGGAGUCCAUUGGUGUGCACUUCAACCACAUCCGCCUGUUGGCUCGAGCCUUCACUGACCGCAGCAUCGGCUUCAACAACCUUACUCUAGGAUCAAAUCAGCGUCUGGAGUUUUUGGGAGACACAGUCCUCCAGUUGGUGGCGUCUGAGUACUUAUAUAAAUAUUUUCCCGAACAUCAUGAAGGCCACCUCUCAUUACUCCGUUCAUCUCUGGUAAACAACCGGACCCAGGCUGUGGUAUGUGAUGACUUGGGGAUGACAGCAUAUGCAAUGUAUUCACACUUGAAGACAGAGUUGAAAACAAAGGAUCGUGCUGAUUUGCUGGAAGCAUUUCUUGGGGCCCUCUAUAUUGAUAGGGGUCUAGACUACUGCCGCGCCUUCUGUCAGGUGUGUUUCUUCCCACGGUUGCAUCAAUUCAUCAUGAACCAGGAUUGGAACGAUCCCAAGAGCAAAUUGCAGCAGUGUUGCUUGACCCUGAGGACUAUGGAUGGAGGGGAACCUGACAUUCCCAUUUACAAAGUUAUUGAGUGCAAGGGCCCCACCAACACACGUGUGUACACCGUAGCUGUGUAUUUUCGUGGACGACGUUUGGCCAAGGCGUCGGGGCAUUCGAUUCAGCAAGCGGAGAUGAAUGCAGCUCGAGAAGCUCUCCUCAACUCCAAAGAGCUGUUCCCGCAGCUGGACCACCAACGUAGAGUUAUCGAGAAGAGCGUCAAGAUCCAGGGCGUCUCGAAACUUGGCUCGCCACACAGAGAGAGAGAUCGGGGCAGAGACAAAGACCGGGAGAGGGAGAGGUCCGGACGGGGAUACAGAAGGGAGGAGGAAAGGCGAGGAGAUAAGGAGCGCGGCAGAGAAAGGGAGAAGCUAUGGGAGGAGAGGCACAAGGAAGGAGAAAGAAGCAGAGGUGGAGAUAGUAGAGGCCGAGUGUUUGGGGAGAGGGAUCAGCUGGCCGGAGACAGGGAGAGAGACAGCGAGAGGAAUAAGGCGAACGAGAGGGACAAAUUUAGCAGGGAAAGGGACAAGCCGGGUGGGGAGAGAGAUAGACUAACAGGAGAGAGAGAGAGGCUACCAGGGGAGAGAGACAGACCGUACAGUGACCGAAGCAGAAGUACCGGAGACCGGAAAUACAAAUUAAUGUCAGACGAGGAGAGGAGAUACAGAUCAGAUGCAGAAAAAUUACACGACGACAGGGAGCCAUCCGAAGAAUCGAAAUUGCGUACAUGCACAAAGAGCAUGUCAAGAGAAAAUGCAGACUCGGACCGAAAUCGAGAGAAGUACAAGAGCUACAUGAGAAUGCCAUCUGCUGAGCACCACCUAAAACCAACCAGGAAUUCCAGGAGCGAUUCCAGUGCGAAGCCCUCGCGCUCAGCUUGGUAAUUUAGAUAUUUUCAUUUCCAGAUAUGCCUUGUGAUCAUCCAAACAUUCCUCGUCGAAUGACAGUUCGGCUAUCAUGCUUGUCAGGGGUCUUUGCUUACAACGGUCAUAUUUAUUGUUGAGAAAAAAUGAUUUGCUAGUCAUGAAUUAAGACCUCAGGAUCGGUAACUUAUUAUUUUAAAUGCUGAAAUGCCUUUUGCUUAAAACAAAGAAAUCCCAUGAUAUUCUUGAGUAUUGCCGAAGUCUGUAACCAGUGAAUUUUGUGAUACAAUCAAUCAAGCGACAAGUAUUAAGGUUCUUAAAACAAGUUGUAAAAUUAAUGUCUUUCAAGACGGUGUAGGGAGUAUAUUCUAUUAUUAUUUAUGUUACCUAAAACGUAUGUGAAUAUGGCAUAAUACCUUGAAUAGCAUUUUUGUUCGUAUUUGAAAAUUUAUGCUGAAACCGGUUUUAUACUCUUAUUUUAGAUGCAAUUAAUUUUCUGAAUGUCUUUUAAGUGUAUGUUCAGUCUAAUGUGUAUGUGAAAGUGAUUUUAUAAUGAAUGUAUUAUAAAUAAAUAUACAUAUUUUUAACCCUGUCAGAAGUUGGCUUGGUUGUUUGAAACGCGGUUUUCUUGGAGAAAUUUACUUAAUCUUCAUUUCUUUUUUAGAAUAAACAUGGUAUGCAUCAACAGUGUAUAGAGGUGUAUAGCUUUACAUUUUGUAUAUCUCCUGACAUCCCCCCCCCCCCCCCAAAAUCACUUGCUUGUUGUUGUCGUGGGGGGGGGGGGCUUAGGAGAUAGGGACUGAGGCCCAGUGUAGGGAAUCACCCCUGCCUCGGUCCUCAGCCCUCCCCUCAACUAAUUUUGCAUGGCCUUUUCUUCUCUCCUUUUUCCUUUUCUUCGUCCCCUUGUUCUGUCCGCUUAUCGUAAUCGAGAACUCAUUUUUGCCGUUUACGCCUCAAUACUUUAUCAUAAUGAUCCAUGCUCCCUUAACUCCUUCCCCUUCUAACAACUUUUACCUUAUACUGUACCCCCAUCAGCUCCCCUCUCUACCCUUUUCAUUACCAUACUAACCUCUAGUACUGUUCAACCUGUAACUUUCCCCAAAUUAACUCAUUCCUAAUCUUUUUCGCUACUAUACUUUACCAUAGCGCCAUAUGACCUUUAAUGACAUAUAACACUUCCUUACCUGGGGCCUUUGCCCCCAAGCCUCAUGCUGUCGCUAUAUUUUGAAUACGCCACUAAUGACCUUAGAUGUUGAAGCAAACGAAAUUUUUCAAUAAAUGAACAAAUGUCCCGACAUGUUAGUCUCUUUUUUUAUUUAUAUUUAGGUUUCAUAAAUUUCUUGGUUUUCUACACAUUAAGAGCUCGCAAAUACUUGCUAUUGUGCGUAAUGAAAUUAAUGGUUGUCUAUGUAUUUACUUCAUAAGUUCAAAUCUAAUUUAUGUAAAGUUAACAACUGUAUUUUUGCUGGGAAAGUCCUCGUUUCUAUUUUAGGUAGCAAAUCAGAAUCAAGUAGGAAUCUUAAUGUUCAUAUAGUGGUUUUCUCUAAAGUCAUUAGCGGCAUAUUCAAAAUACAGCAAUAGGGUGGGGCUUAGGGACGAAGCCCCAGGUUAGGAAGUCAGUCUCUGUCUCUGUCUCUGUCUCUGUCUGUCUGUCUGUCUGUCUCUCUGUCUCUCUCUCUAAGGUGAUGUUUGUGGAUUUCCAGAAUGGCCAAAAACAAAUGUGACAGACACAAAAGGUCACACCAUUAUGACAAAGUAUUGUGGCGAAAAGGAUAAAAUGAGUUAAUGAUUAGGAUAAGUGGACAGAAGAAGGGAUGAAGAAGACAAGGAAUAGGAAAGGCAAAAUUAGUUGAGGCAAGUGAUUAGGUCCAAGGCAGGGGUGAUCCUCUUUUACUUUAAUUAAAUAAAACUGAUGCCUUUGAACAUACAUUUAACCAGUUUUGCACCCAAUCUCCAGUUAACUUGAAAGGAGUCUACAUCAGAACAAUUGAAAAUAAUGAAAGUUGAUUAUUCAGUAACAUUUGUAUUCAGAACUAUGACCAUUUAUUAUUCACUUUUCCUGCGUCAGCAUCUAAGGACAUUAGCGGCGUAUUCAAAUUAUAGUGAUAGCGUGAGGCUUGGGAGCAACACCCCCAGGUAAGGAAGUGCCACAUGACUUAUAAGGUCAUAUGAUGCUAUGGUAAGGUUGAGUAACGAAUAGAGUUAGGGAUGAAUUACAAGUUGUACAGUACUAGAGGGUACUAUGGUAGUGAAAAGGGUAGAGAGAGGGAGCUGAUGGGGUACAGUAUAUGAUAAAGGCUGUCUGAAUUGAGUGGGGAGCAUUGUGUUGAAAACAGCAAAUAUGAGUAUUGAAAAAAGAAAGGACAAGACAACUCCGUGCAAAAUUAGUUGAGGUGAGGUCUGAGGUCUCCGUCUCCUAAGCCCCCUCACGACAACGAGCAAGGGAUGGGGAGGGAACUAUUUAGCUCCCUGUGAAGCUAAAUGGAAGCCAUAUUUAGCCUUAUUCCCACCCAAUUUCUCCCAUUUAACAUUCUUAAUCAAUAUAAAGUUUGAGUGGUUUGUCUUAAAAUAUCUUGUGCAGAACCCCCCCCCCCCCCAAAAAAAAAAAAAUUUUCACAUGAUACUCUGAUAUUCAGCCUAUUUCAAAUUUCUUUUUUGUUCAGUUGCCUUAACUCCUUAAUCCUGUGUUCAUGCGAGGUCGUAAGCACUCCAUUAAUAUUCUACCACCUGCCAUUAUUUUGCAUGGCAUAUCCAACAGUAACGUACCAAUGCCCAAUCAUAGAUUGUUACACUAUUUGUCAUGGCCAAACUAAACUUAUCAAACCUCAACCUGACAGCUUAAUUUUUGCUAAAACCCAGUAAUAAUUUUGGCACCACUAUGCAUAACAAUUCCCAGUCAGUGGUUUGUUCUCUUAUCCUGUGUACAAUAAUAUUGUAUAGUUUUCUGCUACUUUCUAUAUUAGUAUUUAUUGUUGUUUGAUAAUCCGAGAUUCACUUUGUGAAAUUGGAAAGUGCUCUCUUCCUUCAACUUUUGAUAUUCUGCCACUAGGCAUUUUCUCGUGUUUCUUUAUUUUUGUUACUGCAGUCCCUGUAUCUUUUCUUAAAUACUCCUAUGAUUUUAAUAAACUAAAAUGCAAAAUUAAUCAUGCAAUCACUUUCAAGUGAGGCUUUAGUUUUUCUACAUCUAUAUACAUCAUGAAGACGAGAUGUAAUAAACAUAAACAACUUAUAUAUAAUAAAAUAUUAAAAGGAAAAAUAUAUUCACAGUACUUUCAUGUAAGAGAUACUAGAGGGGUAUGCAUAUAUUCACGUCAAUAUUUGAAGGAAAUCUAUCCUUCUGCUAUCCAAAAUAAAGCCAUAUCCAGGAGUGCGCACAUGCCUAUUAAAUAAUGUCAAAGGUGGCUGAGCAACCAAUUCCUCUUGCAAACUGGUUGUUUUGUCACUACUCGGGACAUGCAUAACAGUCAUGCUUACUCUCUGGACAUGGCUUAUUGUAUCAGUUCAGCAAUACUAUCAAGUUUAUUUAAAUAAAGAAAUCAAUAUCUGAAAUAUACUUUAGUGUGUGGUCUCUAAAAACUCAAUUCACUGAAGAUCAUCUGUAUUGCUAUCAAUGAGUUACUAUUUGCAGUUAUUUUAAAUGUUCCUUAGAAAACUUGGCUACUUCUAUUUCUAUGAGAACAAUGUAACAAACCUCAAUGAUAAUUAUAACAUUUGACUGCAUAUAUUUCUUUAAAUGUAAAUAUACUAUAAUUCUCAAAAGAAAACUUCAGUUUUGAUUUUUUGAAUGUUUAUGCAACACUGUGAAAAUCAAGAUUCACAUAUUGAAUCUUUCUCUCACCGUCAAUAUUUACAUUUAAAAAAGAAUAAAAAUAAAUAAAAUGAACAAGUAAAAAGCAAAUUCAAAUGUACAUCACCUAUCACUAUUAUAAAACACUAAAAAUACUUUUAAAAUAAGCAAGAAGCCUACUACAAAUUCUAAUGAGUGGGAAAAUGAAUAAGAUAUCCAGUUAAAUGGAUCGCUUUCUCUUUAUUUCAUAGUGGGAAUAAAUGUUUUCUUCUACAUUUGUUAAGAUAUGUAAACUGAAAUGUUGUCUUUGGAUAAUAUCAUUAAAGUGUUUCAAUCACUGUCACUUGGGUGUAAGGGAGAGAAAGGAUACGAGGCAGAAGAAAGGAAAUGAAAUUAAAAGUGUGAAGUUACCACACAGUUUCUAAGAUAAGUCUAGUUGAGCAAGACAGUUCUAUGCGUGCAGCAUACUGUAAGUACUAGUUGGUGAGGCGAAGAGUACAGAAUAGCCUCCCUUUUUACCAUUUUUUCUCCCAAUUCCUAAAAUCCAAAAUAUUAUACAUCCCAAAAUGAAGUAGUUAACACUAACUGUUGGCAAUGUAUCUAUAUAGUAAUAAUAAUAAUGUUCAUAAGUAAAUAGAUCUGCUAUCUAAAUAAACAAAGAUGAGAUAAAUAAUAUCAAACUCAACAUGCAUUAAUGACUGUUGUUUAAAUAUACCAUACAUACAUUAUCAAAUGCCUAAAUCAAAUUUUCAGAUAAAACUACAAUAAGUUACAAAAACUGCCAUUUUACCUGUAAGGUUUGCAAGGUACAUUAAUACAGUCAAGAGCAGACAGCAGUAUCAUGUAUCUUUAGGAUUUCUCUUUAUUUGUCUAAGCUUACUUUGUCUAUCAUAAGCUAGCUCAUAAGGAUUGCAAAGUAACACACACUCCAGGAGACAUUGAGUUUAUUGCAAUAAGACAACUACACAAGGUGUGUUGAACUUGCUGCUAAGAGUGUUGAGGAGGGGGCGAGGCCCCUCACUCGCUCUGGAUCAGUAUAAAAGCUGAGGGGUCUAAAAGAGUCCCAUCCAUUCAAUAGUGUGGGGCCAAUUAAAAUUAAAAGACUGUGA